AAGAUCAGUGCGCACGAGCUCAAUAACGAGCUUGCUCAACACGUGCUGGAUCUACCGCGAAAGGCGGUUAAGCAAGCCUACCGCGUGCCCGAAGGGUUUCGCUGUGCCGUGUGCUCGAAGGUGCUUGGACAUGUCACUUCGCGAACUGCGCCAACGAUCAGAGUGGUCUUCUGGACGAGAACGAACAGGACCCUCUGCAGGUCUGCCGCCUGGACGACGAGUGCGAGGACGUGAAGCCCUCGCCCCCCACGCCCGCCUGGCUUGCCGCGCAGCCCUCAGAGGCCCCGUCAGGAUCCACAGCCACCCUGCUCCCACCAGAGGGCGUCGCGCGCCCAUCCACGCCUGGACCCGCCGCCGCUGUCGAGGUAGAAGCUACGGCGGACACGUCAGCUCUGCGCAUCCCGAGCACCCGCGAGGCUGUGCAGGACGACAGCGCGGGGCGCGCGGCAGCGCCUAAAAUUAAGAAGAAGAUCGGCCGUCCACGUAAGAAGAAGCGAGGCCGUCCACGUAAGAAUGUCACGGAGUCGCUGAAACUGGGGCACGGAGUCGCGCGGGCGAGAGAGCUCAGCGCCGUCGCCAAGCCUUCCGAGCCGAACAGUUUUAUGCUCCAUAAGCAACCCCUUGCCCCGGAAGACUCUAAAAGCGAUGCAGCCCAGGCCUCCAAGAAUCGCUUCAACAAGGGGCCGCAGCCGCUGGUGCUCGAUGAGGGCGACACUACCCGCCGGUUCCGCUGUGUCAAGUGCAAGGACCGGGUCGAGGGCGGUGAUGGCGCGCUGCUCGACCACUGGAGGCGCAAGCACUUGGCGGUGGGGGCAGUACUGGACCCGUCCAAGAUUACUGCGUAUGAAGUCAACGACGAGCUGGCUCAAACCGCGCUGAAUCUCCCGCCCACGACGCUUGCGCAUAACUACCGCGUGCGCGGAGGGUUUCGUUGCCCCGUUUGUUCGAAGGUGCUAGCGAAAAAACAGAACCUUCUUUCCCAUUUACCUCGUCAUUUGGAAAAUCCCGUCGAAAACUAUGUCUUUGGCACGACUUGUACCCUAUGUCAAGUGUCAUUUUCUGAGCAGUCAGGAUUGUUGCACCACUAUCGCUUUUGGCACAGAAAUGCGACCCCAUCGAUGUGAAUUGUGUUACAAAUGUUUUAGGUUGCCGGGUCUCGUCCUGAAGGCACACAGUCACUUCGCGUACUGUGCCAACGAUCAGAGUGGUCUUCUGGACGAGAACGAAGAGGACCCUCUGCAGGGCUGCUACCUGGACGACGAGUACGAGGACGUGACGCCCUCGCCAUCCGCGCCCUCCUGCCUCGCCGCGCACCUUUUGGAGGACCCGUCAGGAUCCACAGCCACCCCGCUUCUACCCAAACGCCGCGGGCGACCACCCACUGUCAAAGUGGAAGCUACUGCGGACGCGUCAGCUCUGCGCAUCGCGAGCUGCCAUGGGGCUGUGCAGGGCGGCAGCGCAGGGCCCAAGAAGAAGCUCGGCCGUCCCCGUUCAAAUGCCGUAGACAAGGCCAGGGCGCGGGCCGAAGUCAAGGCCAGGGCAAGGGCCCGGGCCAGGGCCAGAGCAGAGGAGGCCAAGGCUAGGGCCGAGGUCCGGCGGGAUUUCAAAAACCGCGUCAACAACACGAUCCAGCCGCUGGUCCUCGAGGAGGGAUUCACCACCCGCCGCUUCCGCUGCCGCAAGUGCAAGGACCUGGUGGUCGGCGACGGCGCGCUGCUGCGGCACUGGGGGGAGGCCCACCUGCCGGCGGGGGCCGCGCCGGACCCCUCGGUGGUUGCGGCCCACGAGCUCGACGACGACCGGGUCCGAGGCUUGCUGGAUCUGCCCCGGAAGAGCCUAGCGGACACCUGCCGCGUGCGCGGCGGGUUCAGCUGCCCCAUCUGCGCCAAGGUCAUCACUUCUGUGUCGAGAACAAUAUCUCACCUUUAUUGUCACAUGGAGAGUCCGCCGCUCAACUAUGUCUGCACCAUGUGUCCGGAUGGCGUAGCUUUUUAUGAGUAUUCAGGUUUGUGGUACCACCAUCGCACUUACCACAAGAACGUGAACCCUUACCCGUGUGCCUAUUGCGACCGUAACUUCAAAUUGACGAGCGAAAGGCUGAGACACGUAAGGGCAGAUCAUAAGGAUAAACUCUCUGGCGAAUAGUAAUAACUUAGUGUAAUUUUUGUUGACAAUAAAAUAAUAAGACCUUCUGUUUCA